CGAGAGUGCCCGUCUCGCGAUCCGAAACAGAUUGUUUGACCAACACUGGGGCACGCGCGCUACAGUGCGACGUCUAAUCCACACCUGUCUGCCAUGUCCGGCGCUCCCGCCCAGACAAUUGGAUUCCUCCUGACCUCGCCAUUCUGACCCACUAAUAAACGCAGCUUCUCGGGCUCCAAACAAUGCCGACCCUCCGCCCACGCAAGGGCGCUGAUAAGGCGCCUGCAGCUACUCUCUCGUCUGAUUCAACAGCGACGACGCCAACUCCCGUUUCAAACGCCUCUUCUACUACUGCAAGAGCGUCUCCAGACACCCUCAGCAAGAGGGCUCCCCGCCCAACCGGAGAUGGGAAACAGGUCGCUAUUGCCGCAAUGAAUGAGACCGCACUUCCGGAUGAGGAAACACGGUUGAUCUCGGAUGAUGCAUCUGAGCGAGGCGGCGCGGGUUUACCUCCGGCGGUGCCGACAAGCCGGAGUUGGACGCAGCGGAACCAGUGGAUUGUUCUUGCGCUUGCGAGCGGGGCGUGUGCUGCUUUCAACGGUGUUUUUGCCAAGUUAACCACAACAGAGCUCACGACCAAGUUCUCUUCAGGCAUUGCUCGCAUGCUGGGACUCGAGAGCGUGGAGGGUGUGAUUGAGAUCAUUGUGAGAGGUUCAUUCUUCGGAUUGAACCUCGCUUUCAAUGGCGUGAUGUGGACCCUUUUUACCGCCGCCCUCGCCCGCGGCAACUCGACAACCCAGGUGUCCAUCAUGAACACCUCGACCAACUUUGUCAUCACGGCCAUCCUUGGCUUCGUCAUCUUUUCCGAGGCUCUCCCACCCCUCUGGUGGGUUGGUGCGGCUUUGCUUGUUGCAGGGAACGUGAUCAUCGGUAGGAAGGACGAGGGCACACCAAAGGCACAAGAGGAAGAAGAGGGUGUUGGCGCAGCCUUUCUGGGCCCCGAGGUUGAGAGUCAGCUAGACGGCGGCCGCAGACAAGGCCGUGGGGGGAAGGUUAGUGGGGAGGAUGGGGAGGAAUAUAAAGACGGGGAUGUGGCAGAUCUGAGGAUAUAGUUGAGCACGCCGGCUAAGCGCAACAAUGGACGAUGCUUCCUGAGGGCUAUCGAAAAGGUCAACGGCGGUGCACAUGCAGAGCAGUCCUCGAUAUACUGGAUCAUCUUGGCCGGGCGCCUCAAUGAAUCUGCCCCUCAAG